CUCGCGUGGUUCUUCCCAAAUCAACAAUCAAUAAUCCCGCUAUUUCCUGGCACAAAACAUGUGUCCGAUGCCCCUUACAGUACUUAUAAAACUAUGGAAUCUAUACCUGCGUUCGGUCCCUUGCUCCCUUCCCCCUUCCCAUGGAUCCUCCCCAUGGCCUCCCGAGGAAGCGAAAACAAGUACCUGACGACGUACAAGAUAUCGAACCCGCCGUUGUCGACGAUUGCCAGCAGGUUCUUAAUAUUCCACGCUAUUCCUUCAAAAGACCACGCUUGCAUCGUCCUGACCGGUUUACUCGUCACAUGAAAAAAGGUCAUUCACCGUCCAGACCUCCUGUAGAUCGUCUCGGUAACGAUAUUGAAGACCAUGGUAUUGUCAGUAAAGCAGCUCCAGGUCCUCUUUCAGGCUCCCUUCUUCAUCUACGAAAAAGGCCUUCGCCUAUAAUUACCAUUGAAGUUUCUGCUGCUUUGGAUUUACCAGUACCCGUCGAUGUUGCGAUGGCCCGUGUACCUUCUACGUAUCCAUAUGUGAGUAGGAAUACAUUGAAAGAACUGGACUUAGAUGUUAUUCUUAGAAGUCCCCAACUGCGGCACGACCUUAUGUUUGACAAUGGCCUACAGUUCAGACCAACAUAUAGUCGUCGUAAACGGCAGCUAUCUGAAGCCUACUGGACUGCAGUUAUCCGCGAAGUCGAAUCCGGUUGCACCUGCUUUUCCGUCGACAAAAGCGGAGCUCCCAUGAUGACUCCUGCUUGCGUUUGCAACCAGAUUCCAAUACCUCCCCUCCAUCCCAUUAUUGGUUAUUGCCCGGCUCUUCAGGUAAUGACCGUUCGGUCGCCAUCUCGUAUAAGACCUCUUCUCUCUGAGUUUCUUGAGGUUUUGCUGCUCGUUAUUCAGCCUUUGCAGAGCGUAUCUGGCAUGUACGUAAAUCCUGACUCGUUCAAGGCUCAAAUGGAAGAACAUUCCACUCAGGCAAACUAUAUCCGUUCGAUCAUCGACCCAGCAUUGAUUGAACAAGAACUCAGACACAAUCUCUUUGACCUGUCCAGCCUUCUUCGCGCCAUCGGUGUCCUUCUCAAGGGACACUGCGCGCCCAUGAGGGAUAGUGCCGUUGAGGAUAUGGUCCGUGCUGCAGAGACAUGUAAACCAGGUGGUCCUGGUACCAAAGCCGAAGGUGUGAAUGCCCUUCGGACGUGUUUAGAAAUCCUCGAACUCAUGAAACUGGAUAUCGCCAACCACCAACUCCAAAGCUUACGCCUUAGCAUCUCCCGAACCUCGGCCGUAUACGAGCUUCAAAAUUUCCAAGCAAAAUUUGUGACUUGUCACAUAACCCGACAGUGGCUCAAAUCCAGCGCGGCCACCUUAUUGUCUCGUUCCUCACAUAUUUGUCAUCCCCUCUACCUUCCAGAUAAAAUCGAUUUUCGCAACAGUGGACAUAACCGGCAAAUAUACCUUUGCGCCCUCAAAGGAGUAAUUGAUCUAGUCUUUCAUGCCCCAGGAGCAACUAGCGGGGCAAAGUUCCAGAAUCCGUCAACUCUGAUCACUGAUUAUCCGGAAACUCUUCACCUCGAUAGAAUGCGCCUGCGCUCACUUUCCAAAGAUCUUGACGACAUAGUCAUUUCAUACAUGCUCCUCUUACUCUUCCGACAAUUGGUAUACUCUUCUGCAUGGGAUGAUAUGACUUCUCGGUCUAAACCAGACGACGCGACACUACUCAAAAUAAAAAAUGAAAUAGCAAUAAUCAACUCAGCAAGGCCGGGUCAUGCAAUGUUGUAUGGUUUUCGGCAGGCUGAUGCGGAGGGAACGAGAUCGGCUGACUUCAAGGAAAAUGUUGUACUACACAUUGCCAAGCGCGCACAGCAGUUUCGUGAGACCACGCUCGACAACUCACCCUCUGCAUCCUCCUCCACCCUAAAUUCGCCUGCUACCACGCCUCCCACAUCCCCAAUAUCUGAAGACGAGUCACCUGUUUCACCGUCCUCACCUUUUCCUCAUGCACCUUACUCGCUUUCCUCGUAUAACCUUGCUUCACCUCCUGACACUCGCGUACUCAACGUCGCUCGGCGCUGGGUCGUGGAAAAUAUUAAUAUCGCUUCACCCUUGUGCUCGGUAAUCUAUGACCGCCUCCACGAGGUUGUAUUUACCGGCGUCGUGGCACAAGCCUACCCUGGUCGUCAGUGUACUACCGGCCAGCUUUUUUCUUCCGCCAUUGAAUCCUCCGCUCCUUUACGCCAAGGUAGCCAACCUUAUACCCUGCCUCUCUUUAGUGGCAUGGAACCUCUUGUUGACGAGAUUCGUAAUCUGACAGACAAAAUUUCCCGAGUGGUCAUAAUGCACCUCAACGUGUACCUUCCCAUCUACGAACUUAACGGCUUCUUGGAGGAUCCAGUCUUGACCUGAACAGUUAUUCGAUUCAGUUCGGUUCUAAUUGGCACUAUUUAUCCUCUUGGUAAUUUUCUUUUUGUAUUCAGGAAUCAUUUUGGCCCCGUUCGAUGCAUAUCAUCUGUAGCCACAGUAUACCCUCCACUUCUACAACUAACAACUAAUCCUUCCCACACGCCUAAUCAGCUCAGUUGUUCUCUGUCCUCGCGACCUCCUCAUACAAUGCGAAUGUAAACUAGUCCUACAUACAUACACCAAAAAAGACACACAUAUAAUAUAAUCCCCAUCUAGACAUUUUUUGUCCAGUCCGAGGAGUAUAUGCCAUUCAAAGCCCAUCAUGGGAGUCGCCUGAACUCAGGAAACAGGGAGAAACCUGGAGAAACCUAGUGUAUACUCAGUGUCGGAGAUAGGAAGCAAAUGUUCCACAAUAAAUUAGAAA